AUGGGAGGCUUUGAGGGUCAUCUGUACCCAGGGCUGUGCCUCGUCUUCUAUGGACUUUAUCAUACACAACUGGUCUCCAGGGCCUUGAUACGCAACCGCCCUGUCCAGUAUCUGCCACGCCAUCCUUGGAGCAAAGGAAGAUGGGCAAGGCUGCGACAAAUAUACUAUAUUGGGCUGGUGAAGAUAUUAAGUGCCUGCAUUUUAGUAGCCCACGAGCUGCAUAACAUACAUGGACAGUUUGUACUUAUCAGCAAGAUAUAUCAUCAGAGAAACUUUUUGUAUCGCAAACAGUGGCAGCAUCUCACUCUAUAUAUGACCUUCUUCCUGAGUGGGUGUGUAGAUGUGGUAAGCCAGAAUGUGCUGCGCCAGAGGUGUGCUGCUCUGGAGCAAGGUGCCCAAGCGCUGGGCAUGUUUCUGUUUCUGCCUCUGAUGGUGUCUCACACGCAGGACUCAGAAGGUGUGGAGCUGCAGUCUCAUAUCCUGCUCACUCAGGCCAUAUUCCUGUUGGCCUUGGUGGCGAUCGCAGAGCUGUGGGCCCCUGAUGUGCUGCAACUCUGGGUGAUGAAGGCCUUUUUUUAUAUGAUGACAGGCUCUUGGCUGAUUCAGAUAGGUUUUAUGCUGUACAAACCAAUUUCUGGUUAUCAAUGGAUGGAUGAUGACAAAAACAACAUUAUAUUUGUUACCACCUUCUUCUGCUGGCAUGUAGCUUCCAUUGCCAUUUUGAUGAUCUGGGUCUAUGGCUUCUCUUUUUUGUGGUAUUGUUACAUUUUUUCACAGUCUGAACCUGGAUAA